UUUUCGUUGUUAAAAACAUGGAUGUGAGUCAGAAAAUCGAUCCCGCUGUUUGCUUUGACAUCCAGAGAUGUAACUUGAGCAGCUGGAAACACUGAAGCGGGACUCUGGUUGAAUCGAUCCGCGUAAACCUCCAAGAGAAUCGGACGCUUGUGUUUGUUUUUAAAGGCUCCGCUCCUCCAGCUGCUUUUGUCUCCCAACGGUCUUUCCUCCACCAUGGACAUGUACGGAUACAGCGGGGUGUUUUUGGUCAAGAGGUUCCUGGACAACCCCCCGUUUGAGGUGAUCAACAUGACCGACAUCAACAAGGCGAACCCUCACGGCUGCGACAACGGAGCCCUGACCGACCGGUUCGGCGUCCUGAUCCAGGGGCUGCUGGCCAUCGUCGCCUUCAGCACGCUGAUGUUGAAGAGGUUCCGGGAGCCUGUUGGGAUCAGACGGCCGUGGAGGAUCUGGUUCUUCGAUACGUCCAAACAGGCCAUCGGUGCUUUAUUCAUCCACUUUGCCAACGUCUUCCUGUCCACUCUGACCAAAGAGGACCCGUGCUCCCUGUAUCUGAUGAACUUCCUGUUGGACGCGACGCUGGGGAUGCUGGUCAUCUGGCUCGCUGUCAAGCUGGUGUCCAAACUGGUGGAGUACAAGCAGUGGACGCUGCUCAUGUUCGGAGAAUACGGUGACCCUCCUCAGGCAGCAGCUUGGCUCGGCCAGUGCGGCAUCUACCUGCUCAUCAUGGUGCUGGAGAAAGGUGUGAUCAGCCUGGUGCUGCUCGUCCCCGGAUGGUCCAAACUGCAGGAGGUGUUGCUGAGCUACAUCGCUAACCCUCAGCUGGAGCUGGUGCUGGUCAUGCUCAUCGUGCCCUUCAUCGUCAACUCCAUCAUGUUCUGGGUGGUCGACAGCCUGAUGAUGAGGAAGUACAAGACGAUGAAGAGCCUGGACGACUCCUGCGACAGCUCGGUGAAGAAGGCCGACUCUCUGCCGUGGGUCGACAGCGAGGAGUCGCGGGUCCUGUUGACAGUCGAGACCGACACGGAGGAGGCCUCGGAGGGGGAGGAGGAGCCGGGAGACGGCGGCCCGGUCCCCCAUGUGCAGUACUCAGGUGGACCUCUGAGGCCGAGCUGGGUGGUGGUCUGAGCCCAGGUGACCUCGCACUCCUCCAUCCACGCUGUCAGCACACAAAACACUCCUAAAUACAAAAAAACAACCCUGCAUCCUUAUCCCCUCAGUAUUAAAGGUCUAAAUAUCAGCUUCUCUGCAAGCAAAGGCACAACUAAAGGUCAUAAAACCUGCCAAUGUGAACACUACAGCCUCAGCUGCCUUCUUCUGCAUCGAAGGUUCGAAUAUUUACGAGUAGAGCUCGACUCCGUGUAUGCAUGCACAUCAAAUAGCAUUUUGGGAAUCCGAAGGUCUUUAACUCGUCACCUUGUUGCCUCCGUUUGAACAUCAGAGUAACCACAAGCGAACAAACGUAUGGAGGGAGAUCUUUACGGAGCACAGCGCCUGCAGGGCCAAAUCUACGGGUGGUAGCGACAGAAAUGUAAUAAAUCCGUCUUUACUCCAAACUGGGGACUUUUGGGAAUGAUGUAGCUCUUAAAAAAAAAAAAAAGAGCCAUUUAUCGUGUAUCAUAUUCCAAAGAGGAGCGAGACAGUAAAAGUAUACGCUAUAUAAAGCAUAUAAGUGCUCCGUCAAAUAUAAUCACAGCGAAGCCACCUUUUUAAUUAAGGUGAAAUUAUAGUCAUUCCUGCACGUUCUCCCUCCGACACUUUAAGUUGGAGGGAUGAUCGGCGUGUUUUUGUUUUUUAAACCGCACCCAUAUUGAUGUUUUGGCUGCUGCAGUCUGGACAGACGAAGCUAAUGCAGCUAAAAAGAUUAAAAAGAUGCAGCUCUGUGCAGGAGGCUGCAUUUAAAGAAGCGCCUCAUGUCGCGGUUGAGGAGAACCGGGCCACACUAUGUUUCUGAAAGGACGGCGUACAGUAUUAGAGCCUCUGUAGGGGAGAAAAACAGAGUUUUAGGAGCAAUGUUGGAAGAUUUUGAGGAUUAAGUCCCAAUUUUACAGGACAGUGAAGUUGUCAUUUAUUAAAAUCGGGAAAUUUUUUAGAAAAUAAAGUCCAAGACGACAAAUGAGGAUGUGCUUUAGUGAUUUUUUGGACGCACACGUUGGCUUUUCGGGCAAGAAAAGAUUAUUAUCAUAGCUACAACCAAUCGGACAGCUAGUUAGCUUAGCUUAGCAAUUUUGCAGAACAAUGAAGGUAUCAGUAUUUUCAGAAAAUAAAGUUUAAUGCAUGUGCUCGGCUAAUUUUUCGAAAUAUACUUUCGCUUUUUUUGGCAAGAAAUCUAAAACGCUAAUACCACUUUUGUACGGUAAAGCUAAGGUGAGCAGCCAGUUAGCUUAGCUUAGCAAUUUUGCAGAACAGUUAGGGUAUCAGUAUUUUCAGAAAGUAAGGUUUAAUGCGUGUACUUGGCUAAUUUUUCAAAAUAUACUUUAGCUUUUUUGGCAAGAAAGCAAAAACAUUAAUACCACUUCUGUACGGUAAAGCUAAGGUGAGCAGCCAGUUAGCUUAGCUUAGCAUUAAAGUGAAACCUAGACUUGCAGGAAGUGCAAUAAAAUAUAUUCUCAGCACUGCUAAAGAUUCAGACGUAAAAACCACGUGGGUUUCUUGGGAUAUUCUUUUUCUUAAAAUAUUUUUUUAUUUUUUCCUCAAGUUUGGAGUUUCUCAUUUAAAAAUACACGCAAAGAUGUCUGAAAAUACACCCAGGAAAUGGAAAAAAAAUCAGAAUUUCUCAACAAUAUGACUUCUUUUCACCAACAAAUCUGUUCUCAGAACUGUUUUUCUCCUGAGAGAGGCCCUGAUGCUGCGCUGUGGUCCGUCAGAAGAUACCGUAGCCGUGCAAAUUAUGGCACAUUCCUUUUAUUUAUUCUGUUUUAUAUAUAUAUAUUUGACUUUAUAUAUUGUGGUCCAAUCUGUGGUACAUGUGUUGGAAUAGAUGGUUUAGUGAGUAAAGUCUGAGAGUUUUGAGAGUGUUUGUUUUGUUUAGCUGCCAAACUCCAGGCGGUGAAUCAGUUGUGAAGCGAAGCAGGUGAUUUGUGUUACUUUAUACUCAGCCCUUCAGACAUUCCAUUUACCUGCUUUGAGGUUAUGAUUUAAAGGUCUACACUUGGACAUACUCCGUCUGUAAUGUUUUAUUUUGUAUUUCAGUGUAUCUUGUGUAUUUUUUAUUUUUUAAUAAACGGGGCGUUAAACAAACAAACAAACAAAAAAACAACUGCCACGGUGCUUCUUACCGAAUGUAUCUCUUCAAUCUGUGCUACGAAUAAAGAUGAUUGACACAUGAA